AUGCCGACCAAAAACCCCACCCCAUCCGAUUUCCCGUCGGAACUCACCGUCACUGUCACCCCCGCACCGCCCUCCCCCUCCCAAUCCACAUCCCCAGCCCCAAACAUCCUGCUCCUGCUGCACGGCCUCGGCGACACAGCCGCAUCUUUCACAAAAUUCGCCGAAGCCAUCCGCCUCCCCGAAACAACCAUUGUCACAAUUCAAGGAACAUCCCCCCUCCCUCUAGACCUAGGCGGCUUCCACUGGGGCGAUGAUAUCUCCUUCGACUCCGCGACAGGCGUACUAGACAUGGAUGCGGGGUUGACGCGCAGCACCAAAACGCUCGUCGACGUUGUGCGCGGCACGCUCGUGCAGAAAUGCGGGUACAUGUCGCGGGAGAUUAUGAUUCUGGGUUUCGGGCAGGGCGGGAUGGCAGCGCUUGCUAUUGCGCGGGAGCUUGGGUUGAAGGGAAAUGGUAAUGUGGGCAGUGGUGAGGUCGGCGCUCUCUCCGGGAUUAUCUCCAUCGGGGCACCAUAUCCGUUAUCUGGAUCGAGGGCUGGAGAUAAGAAUCGGUCGCCGGUGCUGCUAGUUGCGGGGAGGGAUUCGGUGGCUGUUUCGGAUGAGGCAGUGCGUAGGACAAAGCAGGUUUUUGAGUUCGUUGAGGUGAGCCGGUAUGCGAGGAAGGGAGAUGGGAUGCCGUCGAGUCGCGAGGAAAUGAUGCCUGUUAUGCAGUUCUUUGCGCGCAGGUUAAGGAGUAGGCAGGGUGUGCCUGAGGGGAGUGUGGAGAUUAGUUGA